UGGGAGUCGGUCCCCGCUGCAGAAUACCGACGCACUGGGCGGACAGACGCCGAGGAGCCGGGGCGGAGGAGACACUCUGAUGGUAGAUUUGUAGCCGCUGAAGAAGUGCGUGGAGUCGGUUAAAGUGUCGCCGGAGGUGUCAGCCGGAACCAAACUCCCCUCAAAUAGGAACUUUUUUUCAAACUCUGGAGAGAGUCGGCCAGAGGGGGGGGGGCACCGAUUGGGAAGCAAGAGAGGGCUCGCAUGCGAGACGUUAACCGAGGGACGGUCUUUUUAACCGGAGCUGAGAUUUGAGUUUUGUCCGCCAGCUAGAGAGGCGGUCAGCGGGUCGCGGCCGGUGGAAUCCCCUGGGCUCCUCGCAUCGCUUGUCGGGGCGUGCGUGUUUGUUUGUGUGUGUUUGUGUGUGUGUGUUUUGUUGUUUACUUUUUUUUUUGUUGUUAAUUUCCCCAAAAGUUUUUCGACUUAGCUUAGGUCACUUUACUGUCGAAGCAAAAGCCAUGGUCGGGGAGACAGAGGUGAAGGAGAGACCCAAGUCCAACCCGGACUAUCUAAUGCAGCUGAUGAACGACAGGAAGGUGAUGAGCUCCCUGCCCAACUUCAGCGGCAUCUUCACGCAUCUGGAGCGGCUGCUGGAUGAAGAAAUCGGCAGGGUACGCAAGGACAUGUACAACGACACACUGAACGGCGGCAUGUUCAACGGGCGGGACAUGGAGGAACUUCCCGAAGCUAUCGGACCCGUGGCUCAGCUUCAGGAGAAGCUCUACGUGCCUGUCAAAGAGUACCCUGACUUCAACUUCGUAGGGAGGAUCCUGGGCCCACGUGGUCUGACGGCCAAGCAACUGGAGGCAGAAACCGGCUGCAAGAUAAUGGUGCGAGGAAAGGGCUCCAUGAGAGACAAGAAGAAGGAGGAGAUGAACCGAGGGAAGCCCAACUGGGAGCACCUGAGCGAGGACCUCCACGUCCUGAUCACAGUGGAGGACACGCACAACCGGGCUAAGAUCAAACUCCAGCGGGCCAUCAACGAGGUCAAGAAACUUCUAGUGCCAGCUGCUGAGGGGGAGGACAACCUGAAGAAAAUGCAGUUGAUGGAGCUGGCCAUUCUCAAUGGGACCUACAGAGAUGCCAAUGUCAAGACGCCCACCGCCGCCUUCCCACUAGCGACCCCUCAGGCGCCUCGGAUCAUCACAGGCCCGACACCCGUCCUGCCUCCAACCCUGCGCAACCCCGCCCCUGUCACCACGCCGACCAUCAUGCCUCUGAUUCGUCAGAUCCAGAGCUCCACCCUCGUGCCGGGAGCCAAUCCGCACCCGGCGCUGGUGCAGCAAGGGCCCGAAUCUGGAAUCAUCUACACACCCUACGAGUAUCCCUACACACUCACACCCUCCAUAUUGGAAUACCCCAUUGACUCAACUGGAGUAUUAGUCUCUUCUCCCUGUGUUUUUGCAGCAGGUGCCAUGACCACUAAGGUACGACGCCACGACAAGAGAAUCCAUCCUUACCAAAGGGUAGUGACCACAGACAGAGCUGCCACGGCAACUAACCCAUGACCCCUUGACCUUCUGACAUUUCCGCCCACUGAUGACCCACCCAUCUCUGCCUGCUGGCGUGCUCAUUGGCCCACGGCCCCCGUCACUCCCCCAGCUCAGCCAACAAGAGACGAGCACAUUGGGAACAACCCGGCUGCUUCUGUCUAACCAACCAACCAGACGACAGCGAUCAAGGGAAUAAACCUCAGGACCCCGCCCAUCACCAAGUCCUAACCUAAACUUUGCCAAACGUGCCUUCCUUACAAAACUCCAAAGCCAGUCUAUGAAUUUUUUAUAACUAUCCGACAGUCGAAAUCCCAAUGUGUAACAGGUAUUGCCAUGCAUAACCAGUAAACUUUACUGAGGACGGGCCCCAAACUGGCGAAGGGCUCCUAAACUAAUCCUUAGCUGUGCCAAACUGUCUAUCUGAGCUGCCCUACCCUCAGUCCAUACGACGCAAUAAUAAUGACUCUAUUAAUAAUAUGGUAACAGUACUGAUAAUGAUGGUAGUUUUACUUAUCCAGCACAGUAACCCUCCAUAAACACUGACUGGAAAGAGAUAUGUUGAUAUUUCGAAGUGUUUUUCCUCAGCGGGCGCCUCUCACUUAACGUGGGAAACUCUCCGAGACGCUCUUUAAAGGGAUCGCUUCUUUUUAUGGCCCAACAUUCAUCAAUUUAAUCAUCACACAUUUUAAUUGGUGUUAAAAUCGUCUUAUAUUAACAAUCUUUCCCUCGCAAAUGUAACCGCGACGUGUGGUUUCAGUGAUGUGUUUAAAAUGUCACAGUUUUCUUUUUUUUUCAAGAGACACACUGUUUGGUGCUGCGUUUCCCAUACGUGAAUGAGGAAUACUAAAAAAGAGCCGUCAUUCAGUUAAGCAGAAUGCCAGCGCAGAACUUUCCUCACCGCACAACGACAGGUGCUCAGUGAGGAAAAAUAACAAACUGGAAUACAAAAUGCCAAAGUAUCUAUGAGUGUUUCUUAACAGAUAAAGGAUCCUGAUAAUGAAUCAACAUAUACAAUAUAAAUGCCAAGCCUGUACAGUACACACACGAACGCGUACGGAGAGAAGGUUGCACUUCUUUUGUCUAAAAUCUCGAGAACUUACACAGUGAUGCCUUUGCCUUUUUUCACACUACAGUAUUGUAUGAGCUUGAACAACAGUGCCUUUAUUUAUUGAGAGCGAUGGAACAAUGUUACACCUAAAUCUUUUAUCACUACAUUGUGGCUUUGUGCCCAGCAUGAAAUUAUGUCAUUUGGGUUUAUGCACAUUGAUUAGGACUGCGGGAAACGUGUCGUAGCCUAAUAGUCGUCAUCUACUGUGCAUUUUACGUUUUUACAUCGAUAAACCUUCUCAAUUCAGAUUUCAUUGCCAAAAAAAAAAAAGUGUCUCAUUUGAAUUGGAAGCGCAAUUCAGUAUUUACGCUCUAGCUACAGUGUCUGACAUGUUAUGAGGCUCAGAUGCCUCCAGAGAACAGUGUUAUAGUUUGUGUUUUUUGUUUAUUUGUUUGAUUGUUUUGUUUUUUUUUUUUGGUUGAUUGUUUUGUUGGCGAUGAAGUCGUCCAUACAGACAGUAUAUUUUUGCAUGUGCAUCCGCUUUUUCAGAGGGUGUGAUACACUUUUACAUACACAAACCAACUGAUGCCUUGACAUGAAAAGAAAAAAAAAACAAAACAAACCAUGGAGUCGUAACAUCUGUAACAAGUUUAUAAUGUAUUUUUAUAUUUUAUUUUGUACAUGAAAAUAACAUUAAAUGACCUUUUCAGAGAAGAACAUUAUGCCUUAUUACGGAGAAUAAUUUGAUAAAUAUAACUAUCCAUCAUGUGUCAUUAGUAGUCACUCUCAAUGUCCUGAGAAACUGGAGUCUGAUGUUCUCUGUAUUAACUUGAGCCUUUGAGAUCAGCAUUGCUUGCCUUCUGUGCCUUUUGUAUACUUUAAGUGUGACAAUUAACAGUGUAGUACAACAUUAAUCUUCUCUUCAGUGCCAAGUGUAGGUUACUAACUGUUACCACUUCUGUGAUUAUUAACCACUUUAAUUGUAUCUGUCUCUGCUUUGGAUUCCUUUUAAAAAAUACAUGUGUGUCUAAAAAAAAAACAAUGAAAAACAAAAAGAAAGAUAUGUGUUGAACAAUGAACUUUUAACUUUUAAAGUAUCCUGAGCAGGAAUAACUCUUUGUACACUAUUAAACUCAUAGAUGUAAAACUAACAAACUUUGUU